CUUGGUUACGGAACGGAGUCCUUCAUUGCUGUUGGGAGAUUAUUUUUCACAUUAAUGCCCAGCUGAAUAUUUUCAGACCAAGGAAAUUGAUGAGCAGGAAAUAGAGUGAUGGAAUUAUUUUACUGUCAUUUUUUUCUAUUGUCUGUGUUGGAGUUAUGUCAGUUCGGCAGCAUUCUCUCUUAUCCAGCGGAAUGUGUUCUUCCGUUUCCGCGAAGUUAUGUGGUCUAUCACCUUGGAGAGCAAGAAACCAUUGAUAUCGAUGGAAAACUGGACGACAAGGCAUGGGCACUUGUCUCGUGGACGGAGGAUUUUAUUGAUAUUCAAGGAACAGAUUGGAAAAAACCUCGCUUUAGAACACAUGCCAAAAUGAGGUGGGAUGACAAGUAUUUGUACAUUGGAGCCUUUCUUCAGGAGACUGAUGUCUGGGCAAAUCAAACAAAACAUGAUUCUGUUGUGUAUCUUGAUAAUGACUUUGAGGUUUUCAUGGACCCUGAUGGAGACACUCAUUGGUACAAAGAAUUUGAAAUAAAUGCCAUAAACACAACUUGGGAUCUUGAAUUGAACAAGCCUUAUCUCAAUGGUGGUACACCCAACAACAGCUGGGAAAUGCCAAGUAUGAAAAGUGCAAUUUAUGUCUCAGGACCUGUGGAUGAUCCUUCAGUUAAAGAUAAAUUCUGGUCUGUUGAGUUAGCUCUUCCCUUCAGUGACCUGGUGGAUCACAGUCCUACAGCUUCAGCUCCACCAAGGAAUAAAGAUCAGUGGAGGAUUAACUUUAGCAGGGUUGAAUGGCAUGUUAGGGAUGUCAGAGGACAUUAUGAAAAGAUUCCAAAUGUCCCUGAAGAUAACUGGGUGUGGUCAUCACAAGAUGCUAUUAAUAUGCACCUUCCUGAGAGGUGGGGCUUCAUUCAGUUCAGUACGGACGCUGUAAAUAAAAGUGAGUUUGUUCGUACGCCUAACUGGCCAGUUUACUCCGGCUUGGUAAUGUUGUACGACGCGGAGAAGAAAUUUAUGGCCGUGAAUGGUUACUUCACCGCCAACCUAACUCAGCUCGAGAUUCCCGCAUCUCUGAGAACUGGGCAGUGCCCCUAUGAGCCUGCGGUACAAGUUGAGAAGACUUACAACUUUGGGGCAACGGUUAAGCCACUGGAUCAGCGGCUUCCUGUUGGACACAUUCGUGACGACCGCCUAAUUUGGUUUUCUGAUACAAAGCGCCAUCUUGAAAUCUAAAAUUUAAACUGAUUCAUGUAAUGCGUGGUGCUGCUGAGUUACAAAAAUGAAGCAAUCGAUGCACGGACUUUCAUAUUUGAAGAAAGAUUUACAAGAGAAAUGUUACACUUAAUAUACAAUA